AAAUUUGUCGUGUAGCCAUUUUUUAUUAUCAGUUCGGUUUUGACUGUGCGUUGUUUCACAUCAAAAUGGCUCCCUGGCAAGACGUCCCGUACGAAAUAAAAAAUUGCACACCCGAAGAAGACAAAAUUAUAAAAAAAUGUCUGCUUGGAUACACAAGGAAGUUUGUUAAAUGUGGCGAGAAAGAGUAUGUGAUGCCGGGCGCGUUCCGCAAACACGCCGAGUUCAUCUAUAACAUGGAGGUCAGGCCUGAUGAUGUGUGGGUCAUCACCUUUCCAAGAUCUGGCACAACCUGGACCCAAGAACUGGUCUGGCUCGUAGAAAACAACCUUGACUUCAACACUGCUAAGGAGAAACCACUUUAUGAAAGAUUUCCCAUGUUGGAAACCACAAGCCAGAUUCCAGAAAUAGCGUACGAGCUGAUCAAAGCGAAUUUCAUGAACCUGGGCAGCUUCCAAGGGUUGACGGCAGCCGUCAGAAAUCCCAGUUGGGAAAUAAUAGCAGAGAUGCCUUCGCCUAGAUUCAUUAAAACACAUCUGCCUUUGUCCAUGCUGCCUCCGAAACUCCUGAGCACUGCUCGAGUGGUUUACGUUGCCAGAGAUCCUAGGGAUGUGAUGGUCUCAUACUACUACCUUCAUAAGAUGAUCAGCAAGUCGCUGAUGAGAGGGACUUUUAGGAACUUCUGGGAAGCGUUCAAGAGGGACUUGUUGCCCUGGACGCCGAUCGUGGCCCACACGAAUGAGGCUUGGAAACAAAGGCAUCAUCCGAAUAUGCAUUUUUUGUUUUACGAAGAUCUGAUUAAGGAUCUGCCUAAAGAAAUCCGUCGCGUGUGCAAGUUCCUGCACAGAGAAUAUUCCGAUGAGCAGAUCCAGCAGCUCGCCUCACAUCUCAGCUUCGACAGCCUGCGCAAGAACAAGAAUGUGAACAACACAACCGGGCAAACGACAGAAGGCGUGCAGUUUGUACGGAAAGGUGAAGCUGGUGGCUGGAGGUCUCACUUCGAUAAAGAUAUGACUCGGGAUGCCGACGAGUUCCUCAUAAGUAGACUGAAAGGUCUAGAUCUCGUCUAUCCAUCGUUCGCUCAAGGAGAGACCACGCAUUUAUGAAAAAUGUUCCUAAUUUCUAGAGUUAACUCGACAGGACCAGGUCCUGGUCUUAGGUUUCGAAGCCAGUCAUCGUAGUUAAGUAAGAGUGAAUCAGUUUUCAUUCUUGGGUAGAGUUGUGAUGAUCAUCAUCGCCUAUGACAACUAAAUUAGUAGAAAAGACUUCUAUGACUGUUGCUGAGUGUUUGGCAGUCUCAAUGCUCGCUUGAAAGGAAUCAGUAAACCGUAUUUAUGUAAUAUUGUGGUAUCCCGAGCCAAUUAAUGCUGUAGAGAGUGAAGACUGAUCUGCUUCUACAAUUUAAGCAAAGUGCAUUGGGUUAGCUUGGGUAAAUUAUUAUGGUACAGGAUCACAGUUGCCAGAUGGAGGGUUUAUUCCUAAUUUUUUCGCCUUGGAGGAAAUGUUUUGGGGUACUUUUAGCUUGAACAAAUUUACUCGAUUGAUAGUAAAAAUAUAAAGUGUAUUUCUUGCUUAAAUAUAAACAGACAUGUCCGGGAACCCUUUCUUCAUUGAUUGCUUCAUUUUUGCCAAAAUGUCUAUUUUCUCAGGCGUAUUUACUUAGUUUUUGGGGUAUUCGUUAAAGUCAUCUGGCAACAGUGAAUAAGGAUGGCGUAUGAUGUUAAGUAUCGCCAACAUUCAUGAACAAAAUACCAAAAUAAUAUGUAAAAUAUAUUAAUAUAUAAAAAAACUUUCGCAUUUAUUUUACUGUUUUGUUCGUUUCGAUAUUCUUAUGAAUAGGUACCUGAUAUUUUUAAAAUGUUUCAAUAGUUUUACUUAGUAUAUAAGUGAUUUUGUAUGAUAACAUGUAAUUUACCUCGCUCGGGUAGUUUUUAAUGUUAAAAAAAUCUCACACCCGCUAAACAUCCGCUCCGAAGCGAGUUGAUAAGUGUGGUCGGAGUAUUCUAUUUUACGAAUAUUUGUAAGAUUUCUAUGAUUUCUAAACUGACAUUUAGGUAUUAUAAUGAUAGUAUGUAACAUAGUUAUUUAUACAGUAGUGGUGUUUGUGACAAAAAUUCUUGAUAAGUUGUUAUUAACCGACUUCAAAAAAGGAGGAUUUCAAUUCGACUGUUUUUUUACGACUGUACGUAGACACCAGUGGCGAAAGGUGAUAUUCUCCGACAAGGAACCCAACACAACAUAGCUACUAAUAUCCAUAAACGCGGUUUGCAAAUCGUUCUAAUGAUAAUUAGAUACUAUAUAAUAUAUAUUCUACAUAGAGAAAGCCCGCGGGAAUCUUGUUACGUAGACCUUUCGCCAUUGGUAGACACCUGAUGCCAGAUCUGAUGGUAAAUGAAGGCGUCACACACAGCAGCUUUAAAGUAAAAAUGUAUAGCAUUAUAUAUUUUUGUAUAUCUUUCCAUAUAAAUCGUUAGAGCACACACGAAAGCUAUAACAUCAUAUAAUCUUGAGAUACAUUAAUUAUAUUUAUAUAUAAGUGCGUCAAUCGUAUAUCAAAUGUAGAGAAAUAUAUAUUACCUGCUGUGUGAUAUGAUGUAUACGAGCAUGGCAAAGUGAACCUUCUGCACCUGAUAGUGUGGAGUGGAGCCAAUAGAAUGUCGAUUGACGUGAGAUUACUCUCGGCAGUUGACACAAUUAUGCCGGCCUGUUGGAACCGGAUAUGUAAAGCUAUACAUCCCGGGAUGUAAUGUAUAUUAAUAUAUUAUAGCUGCUGUAUGUAAUGCGUCUUAUUGUUGCCCUUGGAUAAUGGCUAUCAGGAGAAAAGCUUAGUUUAUUGCUAUUAAUGUAAAACCUCACUUAGGAAUUACGUGCAUUAUUUAAACGUCCAGCCGCUUUGUGUCUUAAAUUGUGGUUUGUCUCAUACGAUGUAAAUUAUAUUUAAGCGUGUUGCGUCGCGUCGCAUCGCUGCAGACCGCUUCGCUGAGUGUGGUAUUACCUUUACACCCAUGAGGGAGUAGAGAGACGAAUUAAAACUUUUUUAAUUUAUUUAUUUUUAUUUAAAUGUGAUAAAAAUAGACAAAAUGCGUUAUUAUUGUAUACUUCUUUAGAUUUCUAGAAAUAUAAACAGUUGUGAAUGUUUAAAUUCGAGGAAUGUACACGGAUGUAUAUUUAAAUUUAAUUAAUGCGUAAGUAAUUAUAGAGAUACGAAUAAAAUUUAAUAUUUUUA